CCCGCGGCGCGCGCCAAACUUUAGCCAGCAACACAGCUCGCUGCAGGCAAUCACAGACCGCUGUACUGCUCCCUGCAGUGUAUUUGACCCAUACGAAGCCACAGCAGCGAAAACGCCAGUCGUCGCGCGCCCAAAAUGGCCGAGACCAAGAAGAAGGCCAAGACCUCGAGCACUUUUCAGAAGGCCGACCUCACGAAUGGCCCGCCGACGGCCUGGACCGCCGAACUCAACAAUGGCCUACGCAUGCCCGUGCUGGGGUAUGGCACCUACAAGCUGAAGGAGGAUCAGGUCGGAGGCUGCGUCCGCAAGGCCGUGGACGUGGGCUACAAACUUAUUGAUACCGCACAUGUUUAUGGGGGCGGGAAGACGGAACCGGCAGUAGGAAAAGCCCUAUCCAAGGACAAAUCCACCUUCGUCAUCACGAAGCAGUGGCGCGGAUUUCACGGUUAUGCUGAAACAAAAAAAUGUUUAGAUCAAUCCCUCAAAAGACUGGGCCGCUCCAAGGUCGACCUCCUACUGAUGCACUGGCCGGGGCCCGGCUACUCGGCCAUGGGCCGCUCGAAGGAAAGGAUCGCCAAGGAGGGCAUCCAGUGCUACUACAAGAAGGGGCACGAGGACAUCGCUGCCCUGCGACUUGAGAGUUGGAGGGCCAUGGAGGACGCCUAUUUAGCAGGUAAAUGUAAGGCGAUCGGCGUGUCGAACUUCUCCGAGUCUCAUCUAAGAAAGCUGCUGGACUGGGACCAGCUGAGAGUGCGGCCUUCGGUCCACCAGACGGAGUUGCACCCGUACCUCCAACAGAAGGGCGUUGUUGCGUUGUGUGAGAAGGAAGGCAUACUCUUGCAAGCCUACGCUUCGUUGGGCGGCCAGGACACGAAGGACGGCCACUGGAAGGCGUUGAAGCAGCCGGCUCUGUUGGACCACCCGGCGGUUCUCAAAGCGGCCAAGGCGCACUCUUCUACAUCAGCGUGCGUUCUACUCAGGUGGGCCCUCCAGAAGGGCUGGGCCGUGAUCCCGAAGUCGUCGUCCAAAUCACGUAUCGCUUCCAAUAUUGCGGUCGACUUUUCUCUUUCAUCUGAUGAGAUGGCCGCGCUCGACGCGUUGGAUCUGGGCGGCAUGAAGGGGCGGCUCUGCUGGCGGCGCGACGAGCUGCGGGAUUUGGAGUUCGAGUGAAUGCUCCCUCCCUGCUGUGUAACUGAC